UGGUGGAGAUCGGGCUAAUCACCCUCUCUACCUAUACCCACCCCUGAUUACGAACGCUACAAAGAAUCAUUGCACAAAUAUACCUGGAAUAAAAAAAGACAAAAAAAAUGCCCAAAAUUACCAAAAACUUAAAAUUGGUUUAUGGAAUGUCCGGGGUUGCUCACAAGAAAGCAAACUCCAAGAGAUAGCAGAGCAAAUAGCUGAACGCAAGUACCACAUAGCAGUGAUCACGGAAACUAGAAUGACCUCUAAAAUUAUUGAUAUGGAUAACAGCGGCUUGAGCUUUUAUAACUCCAACCCAAACAUUAAUGACUACCGAAAUACUGGUGUUGGUUUUCUGGUAAAUGACCAAUCUAUGAUAACUGUCACCGAUUUUGAAGAGAUAGAUGGCAGAAUAGCUACCAUUAAAAUACACAGUAAAACUGCCAAGCAGACUAUUAACCUUAUCGGUUGCUACGCCCCAACCGAGUCUUCUAAUGAUGAAGUUGGUAAAGAAAAAUUCUAUCUCAAACUAAAAGACACAAUUAAAAAGCUUAAACUAAAUAAACUUCCUAUACUGAUCCUGGGAGACUACAAUUGCAGGCUAAGCCAGGACCUUCAUACUUACUACCCUAACAUUAUAGGGAAAGCUAUUAAACUUGAAACUGAAACAUCAGAAAAUGGCAUGAAACUAAUAAACUUAUGUAAAACUUUAAACCUGCGAGUAAUGAACUCGUUCAUCACUAAACCAGAACACAGGACCCAUACCUGGGUACAUCCGAAAACCCAAAUGGGACAUGUCAUAGAUCUAGUGAUAACAGAAAAUAAUUCAAAACUAUUGGUCUGUGAUAUUCAUAACAGCCGUUCUAUGGAAGCAAACUCAGAUCAUUAUAUGAUCACAACCAUACUGAAACUAAAGUAUCUAAAUAAUAAUAAGACUUUUAAUGAUAAAAGUAAACCCAAAAGAAAACAGAGUAAGGCGAUCCACACCUUGACUCCAGACUACCCAAAGAUACUAGACACCUUACUCCAAAAUAAAUGCCAAUUAAACCAAGUAGAAAGAGCCAUAACUCAAGCAGCUAACAAAGCUGCUAUCCCAUAUAAGUCGGCCACCAAGAGAUGGCAGUAUAACAUAAGCAAUCUAUUAAAAGACGAAAUUAAACAUAGAAGACAACUAAGACUAAAGUGGCUAAAUAAUCCUACAGCUGCUAAUAAAAGCCUCUAUAUGCAAGCUAGUAAAAUAGUGAAUAAUAAGAUUAAACUAGCUAAAGACCAGUAUAUCAAAGAUAAAAUAAAUGAGAUGAACACAUACUUUGAAAAACAUGACCUGCACUUAGCAUACAAAAUGGUAGAUGAUAUACUGGCUACUAUACGAAACCACUCAUACAAAGCUAAAAGAGCUAAUCAAAUUAAAGAUAGUGAUCUUCAAUAUCACUACCAAAACCUAUUCAAUGCUAAACUAAACCAAGAUAAUAUCCAAUUGCCGGUAAAAACCACCAACGACUCUGAACUUACUAUAAAUGAAAUAAAUCAAAGUUUGAAAAAAAUGAAAAAUCAAACUACGCCUGGCAAUAAUGGCAUAACUAGUGAAAUGAUAAAGCAAGGCGGUGAUAAACUAAAUAACAUACUACUAAAAAUCAUGAAUCAGAUAUGGAAAAAUCCAUGCACUAUGCCAGACCACUGGAUAGAUGCAGAUGUAAUAAGUAUAUAUAAAAAUAAAGGUUUAAGAUCCGAUCCAAACAACUAUAGAAGUAUCUUCUUACUAGAUACGAUAGGAAAGCUAUUCGCAGGCAUAGUCUGCAAUAGACUUGUCCAACUAACAGAUAAAUAUCUCCCAAUAACCCAAUUUGGUUUUAGAAAAAAUCUGUCCACAGUCCAAGCAAUAACGACCUUAAGACAUAUAAUUCAAUCCUCUAUAGAUACAAAUAGAACUAUAGUACUCACCUUUGUGGACUUAACUAAAGCGUUUGAUACGAUACCCAAACAAAUAAUCCUAAAUACUCUAAAUAAACUAUGCCCUUCAAAAAAUAUAAACUCCUGUAUAACCAAACUAUUAGAUGACCCCAAGGGUUAUCUAAAAAAUUCAGAACUAAACUUCACGAUGAAAAGGGGAGUGAGACAGGGUAGUAAAGAAGGUCCGGCUAUCUUUAACUUAGUCUUUCAAAAAAUAAUAGAACAAACGAUAGACAAAACCCUAAAAGGAGUGACUCUUAAAGACCAAUAUAACAAGAUUUGGACAAUUAAACAUUUGGAAUAUGCAGAUGAUUUAUGUUUACUUACUAACACAACGGAGGAGGCUACCAAAGCCUUAAACCACCUACAACAAUACUUAACCAGUAUUGGUAUGGAGAUAUCAAUCUCCAAGACUAAAUAUAUGAUAAUAAAUAAAAAAGCUAUCACAUCAAAUGUCAAAAUAAACAACAAGGAUAUCGAAGAAGUAGGAUCCUUUCACUAUCUUGGAUCUACCAUAAAUAACAAAGGUACUCCGGAUUGUGCCAUCACCUAUAAUAUAGAAAAAGCAAAAAAUGCAAUAAUUAAAAUUAAACCAAUACUUAAAUCUAAAGAACUCAACCUUGAUACCAAAGCCAAGAUGGUGGAUUCCUCAAUAAUCCCCAUUCUCACAUAUGGUCUAGAAUCAAUAGUACUAAGAAAGCAAGAUUGGUCUAGACUAGAAGCGGUGUUAAAUACAGUAAGACGAAUAAUUCUAAAUAUAAACGAUAGAAAACAAUAUACUGUUGAGCAACUUAAACUUAAAAUAAACUUACCAAACUUAGCCAGUAAAAUCAUGCAAAACAGACUAAACUUGUGGUAUGUAGCGCAUAAAAGACCAAAUAACCUAAUGGUGAGGUCUUUGUAUAGUAUCUUUGAAAAUCAGUGCAACAAUAGGAAGGCCCAUACUAAAAACUGGCUAAGACAACUAUUUCAAGACAUUAAAGAAAUGGGUGAGCGCCUUCCUAGUAACUGGAUAAACCAACCCAACAAGGUUAAAAUAAACGCAUAUCAAGAACACUUUCCAAAAAUAAUAGGGAAACGCCAGCUGAACCAUGUAUGCCAAAAUGCAAACUGUAACAGAAUGUUUGCUACAAUGAAAGAAAUGAACAGACACAUUAGAAACGAUCACCAAAAUAAAACUAAUAGUGAGUCCCAAUAUAGCUGUCCCUUAACUGACUGUAAUAAAACGUAUAAGACGUUGGGUUGGUUAAAUAGACACAUGCAGUCAUGCCACCUACAAUAUAAUCUAACUAAAGCUGAACCCAAAACCAGUUAAUAAAAUAAACUCC